CAAAUCAAUUCCAAUCUCUGUCUCUUUGCUCUCCCCUCUAUCCCCCGCCCCGACCACACUCUUCCAGCGAUGCUAUGGAAGCUAAUCUCUCGCAUUUCCACUCUCUCUCACGCGCUUGGCACGGGCGCAUUCAGCAGGUCGCUCAGAUCACACCUGUGAUCACCUGAAGCUGUGAUUUAGUGAUAGAUCACGAGAUUUAUCUUACAAAUGGGGAAAACAAAUUUAUCUGACAGGCUGUUAAAGGCACAACUUGUGAGAUAUUUGCCAAUAAAUAUGUAGAAAUAAUUUCGGUAGUAUAAUUCAUAUUCCACUUUAUAGUGGCUAAUACUCCGCUCUCUCUUCUGAAAUAAGAGCGCAAUUAUUAAUCAAUUUAAAAGUUAUGCAAAAUUUGAAAUUGUAAGUAAGUUAACAAGAAUAUUACUUUUCGAUCUCAGUUGUGCAUAACCAAAUUAAUGUCAAAUGUUGUUUAGGUUCAAUGUUCUUUUAUGUUUUCACAAUUCGUACGUUUCCCAAUCAAAAUUAAUUCAAAAUAAAGCGAGGAAAGAACAAUGACAAUUGUUGAGUGGGCUGCCAGAUUAAAUUUGUGCAUUCUAUAUAAUUUAGCUGCAGCUAUAUUUAGGUGUCUAAAAACGAUAUAUGUGUGAGGAACUUUAGUAAAAAGUAGAAAAUGUAAAGUAGUUAGUUAAUUAGUUCGGCAAAUGAGAUAAAAACCACAAAGUAUGAAGUCAGUCAAAAAUAAAAGAGAGGGAGUCAUGGUAAACCUUAGUAGACUCAUCAAAUGUUUUCCCCAUAUUUGUUAUAAACAAAUCUCUUUCCCAGUCACUGUAGCUCCAUCAUAAAUCACACAUUUCGUAUGUAAAUUCGCAAUCCCCUGCUGAAUGCGCCCAUUCGAUGGAGCCACGAAAUCUGACUGACUGGCUGAAAAGCAAACAAGGCCUAUGUACGCUUCAAGUCGAACAAGAUCGCGGAGACAUUCGAAAAGCACACUCACACAGCGCUCAAACGUAGAUAUAAAUCACAGGUAUGACGACAGAGUCGCCUGGAGACCUGCUGAAUUAUUGAGCAGUGUUUUUGGCGAACAGCACUGACAAUGAAAUCGUAAAUGGUCAUGGAAACGUCGCACAGGCCGGCGUCUAAUUGGAUCCAAGAGUUGUACGCUUCGCUUAUCGGCUCUGCCUUAUUUGCUCUGGUUGUUUUCCCCGGCGAUAAUAAAUACACGCACCCAUCCACCCACAGAACACACAAGAAAUGUGGCUGCUCCUUGGUCGGCGUCUCUGAAGUCCAGGUGUGUGUUUGCAUACGACUUUUGCCAGCGAUUCGGGAGAAAAUUAAACAUUAACCGCCAGCUGACACCUUCUGUUUUUCGGACUGCUUUCUCGGCCGGUCUUAUUUAUAUUCACUUUUCAUUUUUGAAGUGCUUACACUUGGUUUAUUCUGGAGGAAGUCAGUCGUUUGACAGCUCAAGUUAUUAUUAACAUUAACCAGAUUUGUAAUUGUGUAAGACCAAAAAGGAGACUUGUUUGGAUUCCCAAAGAUCGAAUUAAUAUGGAAAGGAAGUAUCUGAAUUAUUAUUAAACUGAACACAAAAGCAAACAUUCUUUUCUUAGAUGAUCACAAUAGUUUGUUUGGAUUUUAUUUCCCUUUUACCAUAUGUUUGCUAUAAAAAGUAUCUCUAACAUGGCGCGAACAACCUUGCUGGAUAAAGAAAAAGUCUGUUUUGAUAUUCUGCUUAUUUGCUUUAUAAGUUUUGCUGCUUUUACGUAUUUUCAGACUACGCAAAUAUUAGAUCACCUUUGAACUUUCGAAGCUAAAAAACCUUUAGGCACUUUAUUCAAAAUUAAAAAGCUCAAAUUACAGCCACAUGUUCUGGAUUCAUUUAUACUUCAUCGACGUUUGAAGGUAAUAAUUUGUAGGAACCUGUUUGAUUGCAAAAUAUAUAGCUAUAUAGGUGAGGGAAGAUUAUGAAAUUGACAAAUAUAACUCAGUUUAUUAUGAUUUUGGGAUUGGAAACAUUAUGUUUUCAGAGCAAAAAUGUAAUGAUAGUUGCUAUGGAAUAUCCCAUUGAAACCCAGUCACUCUUGAAAACAUUGCCCAUUUUAAGGGCCAAAAACACUCCUCUUCGGAAUGUUCCUGUACGCCUUGCUGGCGUACCUUCUCCUGCUGCGGAUCAACAUGUGCACUGCCCAAUUCCGAGAGCCUGAGCCGCGUAACCUUUACAUAACAGGGGACUACCACCAGAAUGUGGUGUCCAUACGGACGCGCAAGCACAUUCGCAACUGGGGUGACAACCACUUCUGCGCCGGCUCCAUCCUGUCCGCCCGGUGGGUGGUGACCGCCGGCUCUUGUGUGAGCACCCAGCCCGUGAACACGCCAAAGAAGUCCAGUACCCGAAAGAACAUCAAGGUGGUUGUCUUCACCCACAAGCGCCUGGUGAAGCCGUUGAAAGAAAAUGUCUUUGGCGUGGAGAAGGUGGUGUUGGACAAGGCAACCGAAGGCGGAUGCUCCAAGUUGGCUAUGCUGAAGCUGGAGCAGGACGUCACCGGCCAGAGGUUCGCCAUGAAGCUGCCCAAGCAGGAGAUUAACAGCAGUUGGCUUUGCAGGACUCUCGGCUGGGGCAGGAUGUACUUUAACGGACCCUACUCCAACGAGCUGCUCCAGCUGAGGACGCAGAAGAGCACGACCUACAAGUGCAAGUCGGACUGCAAUAGCUGCCUGUGCAUGGGCAGCUUCACCGGCAAGGGCAAUAUGUGCCAAAUGGACAUGGGCAGUCCGCUCUUCUGCGGCCACACCAUAUACGGCGUGGCGCGAAAAGUCUACGUUUGCGAGGAUGAGGGCUUUUUGGUGUACACCAGUAUCUAUCACGAACGCAAGUUCAUCGAGGAAACCUUGAAUGCGGCGCCAUCGCAAAGGAAGACCACACAAACUGUGAUAGUCAUUGUAAGCCUGCUGUUCUUGAGUGGCUUGUGGGGUUACAGAUAGAAAAUCAAGCCAAGUUCAGGCAAUGAAUCAUUAUUUACUAA